GAGCUAGAAAAGUGCGUUUUAGAAUGAUUAGUGGUGGGCAGCGCAGAGGCAGAUUAUACGGCUCCGCACAACUGUUGUUUUAAUCCCCUGGAAGAAGAGAUUUAGCAAGAAAAACCCAGCCUUUAAACCCAGCAGCCAUAUUGUAUGGAAAAGCGACGGGAAGACUCUAAUUUUCAGAAAAAAAAAACUUCACUCCUAAGAGACCUGCAGGAGUUUUGGGGAGUUUUAAAUUUCCUUUCACAGGUUGUUGGGUUUCUGCUGCACAGCUAGCUCUGCAGCUGGCUGAGGAAUCCAGGCGUUGGGAAUAGUUUUCCAACCAAUUUGGUGCAAUAUUGGUGUUGUCUUCUUCGAUUUGAACUGUUAUAUUACACAACUAAUAAUGAAGGACCGAUUGGAACAGCUGAAAGCGACUUGUGAUCAAGAUGAUGAGGAGGUGGAGAUCGCUGUGGACAACGCAGCCUUCAUGGACGAGUUCUUCUCUCAGAUUGAAGACAUCAGGAACAGUAUUGAUAAAAUUGACGAGAACGUGACUGAAGUCAAAAAGCUUUACUCAGUCAUCCUGUCGGCUCCCACGUCGGAUCAGAAAACACAGGAUGACUUGGAAUCAAUCACCAAUGACAUAAAGAAGAUGGCCAACAAUGCAAGAAACAAACUCAAGACCAUUGAGAGAAAUCUGGAGUCGGAGCAGCAGGAUAGGGUGUCAGCGGAUAUGCGGAUACGUAAAUCGCAGCAUGCAGUGCUGUCCAGGAAGUUUGUUGAUGUCAUGACAAAGUAUAAUGAAGCUCAGGUGGACUUCAGGGAGAGGAGUAAAGGACGUAUUCAGAGACAACUCGAGAUAACUGGACAAGCAAAGACAGAUGACGAGCUGGAGGAGAUGUUGGAAAGUGGAAAUGCUGCUGUUUUCACUGCUGGGAUUGUGGACUCUGGGAUCUCAAAACAAGCUCUGAGUGAGAUUGAAGCCAGGCAUAAAGAUAUUGUCCGUCUGGAAAGUAGCAUCAAAGAGCUGCAUGACAUGUUUGUAGACAUCGCCAUGCUGGUGGAGAGCCAGGGGGAAAUAAUUGACAACAUUGAGCAGAAUGUAUCCCAGUCAGUGGAUCACAUUAUUCAGGCGAAGGAGGAGACUAAAAAAGCUGUAAGGUACCAGACCAAGGCCCGCAAGAAAACUGUGAUUAUAGUGGUGGUUGUGGUGAUCUUACUGGCAUUACUAGCGCUCAUAAUCGGGUUGUCAGUAGGAUUGAAAAAAUGAGGAGCUGUUUGACUAAAAGAAGAGAUGUGGAAGAUGAUCUUCAUCAGUGUGUGCUGUGCUGUGGUUGUAGUCGUCAUCCUCAUCAUCAUCCUCACUCAGACACUAUGAUGGAACCGACGGAUCCCUACCACCACCACCAUCAUGUUUUCUUCACCCAGAUCGUCCAUUUUGUUUCAUCAUGUGCUCAAGAAAAAAAGAUGCAAAUUCCUGUGUAUGGAUCAGAGCUGCUGGUGUUUAAAAAAAAAAAAAAAAAAAAAGGGGGAAGAUGAUCUUUUGUGGCUUCUUCAGUUCUAGACAAUCUACGGAUGCUCUGAUGAGGAAAUGAGAACUGAAAUGCAGCUCAGUACCUGCUUACACCUCUGUGGGAGCAACAAAAGGGGAACUGGGAAAAUAACUGACUGUUUCAUCACUCCUCCAACACCGAACAUUUCAUUGUUUUUAACGUUUGACGCCAAAGUUGCACCCCUGUGUGUGUUUGUCCUAAACUGUCCUUUAAACCACGCAGGAGCACACACACACCCCAGAACCCCUCUUCUUGCCUUAAUGAGCCUCGACACAUAUUACUACUUUAAAAGCUACUGAAUGUUUGCUUCUCCAGGUUAUGGUUGUUUUUAGAGAGUUCCAGCACUUUCACUGUUAAAAAUAUUGAAUUGAGUUAAGGUUUACGUAAUUAUAUUGUAAAUAACAGAAGUCACAUUUGCGCACUGUUGUCUUGUAAGAAAAUGUUCAUUUUCAAAUAUGAAGGACGACAAAUUUCAGCAGCAUUUGAAAGAAAAGACUAACAAGUAAUCCAUUGUCUUGAGAAGGUGCCUUAAAUAUAAUCUUGGCAAAUAGACUGUAAUAGAAACUGUUAAUGUGCUACCAAAGAGUUUGCAGACUAGAAUUAACACUAGUAAAUAUUUCUUUUGAUUUAACAAGUUUUUACAUAUAAAAGGGACAACUAAAUCAUAAGGAAAAUAACAGUUCUUUUUAGGUGUAUUAAGUGAUUGUUUCCACUGUAAACGUACAGCUAAGCUGCCAGUUUAUGAAGUGCCUCCAUUCAAUUUCCUGUCCAGAGUUAUUUUCAUGUUUAUCCAAUUAUUUUGUCAUCAGGUAAUUUACAAAGACUUCAAUAAUGAUUUUUAUUUAUAUAUAUUUAUAUAUAUAUAUGAAUUGAAAUGAAGAAGUAACAUUAUGGAGCUGUUUUUAUUUUAUUUUAAAUAUUGUAUCAUGAGGUGAACUUCAUAAGCUGGUAGUUGAGUUGAAUUUUUAUUGGUCACCAUUAAUUUUUUUCUGUAGAUAAUAUUCCAGACUGACAGUUUACAAAACAUUACAUUGGCUUUAGCACUUACGACAAAGAAGGUGGUUGUGUGCAUAUGAAGGCGAGAUGUCAUUUCAGUCAGUCAACAGGAGCCAAAGCAUUUUCUUUACAAGAUUCUGUGUCUUUACACUUUCAGGAAAUACUUGAAAUCAGCGUCCAGCAUGAUUUUUUUUUUUUUUUUUUAUGGCCAUGCAGGUCACCGAAGGAAGAGUGGGGAAAAUUUAACCUUGUUGCACAUUUCUUAUGUCAAAUAUUUCUAAAGAAUUAAAGAUUGUUUUUUUUUCUAAAGUCUGACUGUUUGUGCUGCUGUUUCUGAGUCUCAAACUAAAAUAUACAAUGAGUAGUCAGACAUGUAUUAGGGAUUCAUAUAAGAGUUCCAGUCAAAGUAAGAUAUAUCUAAAACCAAAGGAAAAUGGUACAUGAUUUAAAAAAAAAAAAAAACCUGGAAACUUUGAUUUGCAUUUUCAACCCCCCCAGAAUCAAAACGGUAAAUAUUUGAAGGUAUGUUUCUACCAUCUUUGCACAUCUAGAUGCAAAUUUUUGUUCAUUCUUUACAAAAUAUAUCAACCUCAUUUGGAUUUAGGUCUUUGCUUUGACAAGGCCAAUCUGACACAUGUGCUCUGAUCAAAACCACUUCCCUUGUAGCUGUGGCUCAGUGUUUGGGGUAGAUUUCCUGCUGGUAGGAGAAGCUCUGUUCCAGUUUCAAAUCUUUUGCAGCAUCUAACUUUAUAUUUUAAAACCUCCAUCUUUCCCUGAACUUGGACCAGCUUCCGAUAAUCGUUGGUACCACCAAUCUUAAUAACCACACAGAGUUUUGCAUGUAGACCAAAAGUUUGGCUUUCCUUCCACAUUGUAUAUCAACCUUAAAGUUUCAGUGUUCCUAGACUGUCAGUUAAACUAGUCGGCUAUUUUGUGGAAGGUUAGCACUUGUGUUGCUCUUCUAAUUUAUUUAAGGAUGGAUUGUACAAUGCUGUCGGCCUACAUAUUACACACAGGUUACCUCUGUUGAUUUAUUCAAGAAAGCAGGAAGUUGCAGUUUUUUAGAGGUUUAAGAGACUUUUUUGUAAAAAAAUAAAAAUAAAAGUAUACUCUUAGUUUGCAUUUGUGCGCCACUCUGUGUUGAUUCACUACAUGAAAUCCCAAUAAAUUGCACUGAAGCUUGUUGAUGGUUGAUAAAAUUUGGCAACGUUUAUGGGGUGUGAAUACUUCUGCAAGGCACUGUAGCUGCAUGUGAAUAGUUUUGAUGACUGUUGUGGAGAAGAUGUGUGAAAAUGUUUUCUCUUGACCGCUGUGCUAAAGUACAGUUUUCAAAGACUUGAUAUGAGGAAGUGAAGGUAAGCUGCAUCACCUGUCUUCUAUAGCAUACAGAUACACACACCAUAAUCUGACCCUUCCUUCCCCUUUGCUGCAUCAUUUCCUCUUACCGACUCCCCUAGAUAUGCAAACACUUAUUUUGUUUCUUCUUUAACUUUCUUGUGUGUAUUGUAACUCUCCAGAAAAAGAUGAUGAUUACAUUGUGCUGUGCCAUCAUUGGGAUCGUUGGGUUCUCCUAUCUCUACAGUUUCUUCUCAUAAAAGAUUUUGCACAGGUGAAACAUCAGUCGGUGAUAAUUUUUACCAUUUACACGGUGCUUUGAAUGUUUCACCACUCUUCUUCUGUCUUUGUGUUCUUCCAGGAAUAGAGAUCUCCAGGAGAAUACAUUAUAUUUCCUGUGGUUCUUACCCAGUUUCUGUCAUUUAAACUUGUAGAUUAAAUUUAAGACACUCUCAAAAAAAAAAAAAGUAAAAAAAAAAAAAAAGAACCAAAACACUGCUUUCUUACCCUUUCUCCCUUUCCCUCUGAGUCUCGUUUGAAUCUCUGUUCUUGUUGUAUAAAGUGUUUGAAAACGCGUUAUAAAUGUGGAUUUUUCUCAGUCUGCCUCCUCUUAGACAGAUGGCUCAACAUGUGACUGUUAAUCUUCACGCAUCACUCUGUUCAGCUUUAGUCCAGCGCCUCCUAGUGGUUCUCUGAAGAAAUAACCAUUAUUUAUUAAGAAAUGACUGGUAAUGUCAUCUAAACUUCACAAAAUCUUGGGUUUUCUCUGCCUACGCUCUAAAAUGUUUGAAGCAGAUCUGUAUUAUUCUAUCAUUUGUGUGUUAUAAAUGUGAUUUUUGUGUGUAUGAGUCCAUACUGCUUAAAAAAAGCUUGUAUCUUUUCUGUAACAGCGGGUCUCGCUGGCUUGCUGGCUAUGUCAACUCU